UCCAAUCACAGGCCUUGUUGUUGCUCUGUGGCUCUGCUGGUUGCUUGUCAGCAGGAAGAGCCGCCGCCGUUUAUUUACUGUCCCUGAAAUCAGCAUCAGUUUUACUUUGGAACCGGAUCAGAGUUGGACCAGUGACCCGCAGCCGACCCGGACCGGACAAGCAGCAGGUACCCACUCAGUGUCGUGUUUUAUGGGUGAGUGAGCGGCAGCCAUGACGGAGCCGGACGCCCUGGCCGUGGUCAACCAGCUGCGGGACCUGGCCGCUGACCCCAUGAACCGCAGGGCCAUCGUCCAGGACCAGGGCUGCCUGCCGGGACUGAUCCUAUUCCUGGACAACACCAACCCUCAGGUGGUCUACUCCGCCCUGCUGGCCAUCCGGUACCUGGCAGAGUGCCGAGCCAACCGGGAGAAGCUGAAGGGCGAGCUGGGGAUGAUGCUGAGUCUGCAGAACGUCGUGCACAAAUCCACGACUCCCGGGGAGACGAAGCUGCUGGCGUCGGAGAUCUACGAGCUCCUGCAGGCGUCCGGCGACGCCGACUCGGAGCCGGCGGAGGAGGCCGUCAGCAGCCGCCGCAAAGCCCAGUUCUUCCUGGGAUCCAGCAACAAGAGGGCCAAGACCGUCAUUCUGCACAUCGACGGGCUGGACGACUCGAGCCGGAGGAGUCUGUGUGAGGAGGCUCUGCUGAAGAUCAGAGGAGUCAUCAGCUUCACCUUCCAGAUGACCGUCAAGAGAUGCAUCGUCCGGAUCCGCUCCGACCUAAAGGCCGAGGCGCUGGCGUCUGCGAUCGCGUCCACUCAGGUGAUGAAGGCUCAGCAGGUGGUCAAAGGAGAGAAUGGAGACGAGGUGUUGAUCCCGCUGGCUGAGGAUGGCUCGGCGGUGGAGGCGAACCUGGACCUGCCAGACUACCUGCCGGAAGACGAGAGUCCGUCUCAGGAGCCCGACAAAGCGGUGAGCCGGGUGGGGUCGGGCCAGGACGGGAGCAGCUGGGUGGGAGCCGCCGCCAACUUCCUGUCCCGCUCCUUCUACUGGUGACCCCGUGGGGAACCGCCCCUCCUCGACCUGCCGCCUCCUCUCAGAACCAAAAUCUACCAGCUGCCAAAUCUCUCCGCUGUCCGUCUCCACCGGAGACAACACUCUGAGAGGGACUUCUGACAGCGAGGACGUGCAGCUGCUCCUUCUGAUCAACAACAGGAUCCUGUUUCAUUUUUCAGUCCGUCUCUGUACACGGGUCCAACUGUUCCAAACCAAAUUGUCUUAAUGGACAGGAAGUGUUUUGCAGCGAUGUGAACAAACACAGACAAGAUCAAAUCAACAGGAUGGAACAGGGCGUCCCUCCUCAUUAUUAAUCUAACAUCACUUCCUGUCAGGCUGCAGCUCACUCUCUCUUAUUGUUCCUCUGCUUCAUCCAGAAUAAUCACAAAUAUCCAAAACUCUCCAAAUAAUAUUAUCACGAACUGGUAAUCAAUGGGAACAAGAACAAAUCUUUUCAUUCUUUACAACUGAGAUCGUUUCUUCACUGAUUUAUAAAACAGAUGAAGCUGUUGAAGUUUUAGUGUUUUGACGCUGGCCAACACAAACACUUUCCUGUUUCUCUGAUCACAGCAGCAGCUUCAGCUCCAGGGUUUGUUUCUAAAAUGAUGUCAUGGUCUAUUAUUACCUGCAUUUUUUUAAAUAAUUAACGUACAGACCAAGCUUAUAGAUGAGGUUCUGACUCAUUAAUAUGCACACUUAUGACGAAACACGAAGCCUGUGGCUGCCGAGCUAACCGCUAACUCCCUAACUGACUCGGUCCCAACAGAAAACUGUUUUCUCCUAAAUAUUGUACGGUGAUAUUCAACUAAGUUAAAACAAAUCAAAACUCAAAGUGACAGUGAGCUGCAUCUUCCUGUAAGCUCAGACAUCUCACUCCUUCUUUCCUCCUGCAUCAUCGACAGAACGCUGCUUUUAUUUUAUUUUCACAGGUCCCGGCCCUGGAUCCUGGACUCAGCCCCCGUCCUGGAUCCUGGACUUUUGCCUUCAUACUGAACUGAGUCUAAAGCUCCCUGUGGAUCUGAACUCUGUUUUCUGGAGAAAUGUUACCUGAGUUUGUUCCUGAUGUCAACAGAAACAGUUUUGCACUUUUUCAUCUGAAGUGGUUUUUAAAUUAGAUUAGGAGAUUAACGUGUGAGUUCACUUUAUUAACAGAGUGAGCAGCUGGUGAGGAGAACAGCUGAUCAGGUAUCAGGACAUUCUGUUGUUGAACUAAAGAAGAAAACUUGAUGUUACAUGUUAAAGUUUAAGAUACAAAGACUUGAGAGUCUCCACUGCAGGACUCGGAAGGUGAUUUACUUCACAUUCUCCUUUUUAUUGCAGCUUUGGUCCCUCAGACGACCUUUAAUGAGUACGUACAGUUCUUGCUGUCCUGUUGUUCAUUCUGUUAGUUUGUGUGUUUGUGUACCUGCCAGGUGUGCUCAUAGCUCCGCCCACACUGCACACGGUCCAAUCACAUCCCAAGGGGCCCGCUGUCACAUGAUCACGCGAAUCUAAAUUCGGUUUUGUCCCAAUUAUCACGAGACAGACAUGUCAAGUAUUUCUUCUGAAGCUUAUUUUGUUGCUUUGUUGAGUUAACACAAAAAGUUUCUCAUACUAAAUGACUUAGAACUAAAUCCAAAACCCAAACCCAAAACCCAAAACAUAAUUAGUCAUAAAGAAAUAUACAAUAACCAAGCCAACCUGCUGGUCUUUUUAGUUUCAGUCUGAGUUCACGGCAGAAACAAAGUUUACAGCCAUGUAGUUUUAGAGGUAUAACCAGGAAAAUUGAAUUUCAGAAUUCAGUAAAACUUCCUCAACUGUGCAAAAAAGUUUUCACGCAGGAUCACCACCUUAUGAACAAACGUCAGCAGUUUAUUCUCUUUAUUCACAUUCCUGUUGAUAAGAUUUUUCUCGACGGCACCUUCAAUUUCUCAUUCAGUCUGACUGCUUCAGCUCCUCACAGCUGUUAGAGGGGUUAGUUUCUCUGGCUUCAGAUCCUCACAGAGUGAGAAAGAACAAACUAAAAAGUAAAUCUCAUCCAAAAACAACAGCCAACAUGAAGCAAUGACUGAAGUAAGCUGCAAACAGGAUGAAGUCAACAAGUGUUCAGGGCUGUCUGUCUGUAAUGAGAGGGACAGGAGUCAGCUUUUAUUAUAUAAAGAUGUUUACUGAACACAUUGAUCAGGAUCCAACUAAGAGGAACAGGAAACUUUGGGUCUUUAAUCUCAUGAAGCAGUGUUUUUGUCGUCACAUUCUUGUUUCUGAGCCGUAACUUUAUUAAAAUCAGUUUUCUUUCUUUAACCUGCAUGAACAGAACUGAACUCAGGUUUUAUUUCAAGUGGAACAAUUCAUAUUUUUCUCUUUUUUAUUAUUGUUAUUAUUAUUAUUAUUGUGAUUUCUAUUGAAAUCCUGAUUUUAAUUUAUUUCUAUGCCGUGUUCCUCCUCAGUGUGCCGCUGUACAAACAUUCAGAGAAUAAAAACAUGAAUGUU